AUGGACACCGACCGCCGAACCAGCCUCGUCAGCAACAAUGACUCUGGCCUUGGUCCCCACGGUCAUGAUCACUCCGAUCCUGAGGACCAUGAAUCACCGCCCUCGAAACAGCGCAAGCCGCCCCAUGUGAGGAGCCGUGCCAGCAGAGCUUGUGACCGUUGCAAGGCUCGGAAGACUCGAUGCUCGGGCAAAUACCCUUGCGCUCUCUGCUCACGUCUGCGGCUAGAGUGCAAGUACACAGCUUCCUAUCGACGCGGCCGUCUGCCUUCAAUAGAAAUGGAGACUGGCGACCUGGUCGACACCGUCGCCAACCCUCCAGGGGCCAGGCCAUCUGGCCAGCAGCAGCACCCGUCUUCGGCUGGGCCUCCUGAUCACACCCACCACCAGGCCGAGCACAUUCCCAGUCCCAUAUCCAUCGGCAACCGGACGCUGGCUCCCCCAGACAACGGACGGGGGCCCUCCACCACCCAGUCGUCACGCAACUCGCCAGAACCAGCGCAGAUAGACCGCCAGGGCCACUAUGUCGGCCCGGCCUCCGGCGCCUCGUUCCUGCUGAGGAUCCAGAGGAAACUGCAGCAGCAGUCCUCCGUCUCCUCCGACGCCUCCAUCUUCACCUUUGGCGAUCUGCCGCUGCCCGAGUUUGACCCCCGCUUCCUCAUCCUGCCCCCACGCUCCGAAGCAGAAGCUCUGCUUUGUAGGUACUUUGAGUUCGCCUCGGCCACGCACCGUUUCUUGCACCGACCGACGGUGGAGAGAUGGCUGCAGGAGCUGUACGAGACCCACGGCACCAUGCGGGAGCAGACGGCCGCCCGAAGCAGGACGGCCCUGCUCUUCAUGGUGUUUGCCUGCGCGGAGAAUUACCCCAAGUCCAAGGCGGGCAAAGUCGAUCCGACAUCCAGUGCCCGCUUCUUUUCUGCAGCUGAAGAUCAGCUCGUGGCCGAAAAGGGCACCAUCCGCCUGACGAGCGUGCAGGCUCGACUUGCGCAGUGCAUCUACCUGCUGUCACACUCGCGUCUCAACCACUGCUGGAGCCUGUUUGGCACCACGGCGCACUUGAUGCUGGCGCUGGGCAUCCACAGAAAGUCGCGUGUCGAUAGCAGCAGUAACCCCGACUAUGUUGACUUGGAGUGCCGCAAGCGCACCUUUUGGUGCGCUUACAACCUUGACACCUACCUCAGUGCAGCCCUGGGUCGGCCGAGGACGUUUCAUGAUGAUGACAUUGAUCAAGAAAUGCCCCUCUGCGUCGAUGAUUACAGGCUUUCGCGUGGUCAAAUGAAUGCAGCACCGACAAAUAGUCUUCAGUCGGUCAUGUCAGGCCCUGUGGCGCACAUGAAGAUUUCUCGCAUCGUGGCAAAUAUCUUGCGUGAUCUUUACAGUAUCCGCCCGCCAUCAACAGAUAAUCAGUUCAAGCUGGCAGCCAGGUACUCGAAAGAUAUCGACAACUGGCGCAGCGGCUUGACCUACCUGUUGGAUACGGACGGUGUUGAUCCCUCAUUGUUCCAGCCCAUCUUCCUCCGCCAACGUAAUGUCUUGAACAUGGCAUGCUGGCACGCCCAGAUUCUCGUCCAUCGUCCGUUUCUGCUGAAUAAUUUCGCCAGCCUCGCCAAUCUCGGCUCGACGCGCAACAGAAAAGCAAAUCGCAACUCGGAACUGACGGAUGAACAUGUUCAGCGUUGCCUGGAAGCUGCCAUGAACAUUGUGGGCCUCGUCGACACCCUCAGUUCCAACGGGCAGCUUUACAACACGUUCUGGUUUACACACUAUUUUGCAUUCUGUGCGGUCGUGAUGCUUUACGUCUUCUCCAUCCAGCAGCGCAACUCGCCGCUCGAGACUUAUCUCCCGGCGUUCCAUGCCGCGACCAAGUGCCAGCAGCAGAUCACAUCAAUCGCGAUACCUGGCUCGUUGGCACAAAGAUAUGGCGUCGUUCUCCAGGAGCUGCGUCUCGAACUGCUACGACAGAACACGCAUCUCCUCUCACUUGCAGCAGGGCAGCGAAACGGCAGCGGUGCCGCUGGCGUGCUCCUCGAAGGAGACGAGUCUGUUCUACGCCAGUUUGACAGUGCAGACCUGCUAGCUCUGGAGGCGAGCGAGCUGGCCUUUGCCGCUGGAGCAGGAGCGCCGAAUGCCAGCGGGCAGCUCGAUAUCGGCCAGGAUGACGGACUUGGGUUCCCCGAUGCCAGCCCGGGAAGUUCCAUUGUCCAGAUGACUGGGUGGGGCCAGUUCGACUCAUUGGUGACUGGCGGCGUUGGCAUGGAUGCCUUCCUUGCAGAGGGCGGCAUGGAGGGCUGGGAUUUGUCCAUGGCUGAGGGCAUGGGUCAACAAUGA